ACACAGUAGUAACACAGGACACAUCUGCGGUGUAUGCAAAUUGCAAAAAAACAGUGCAGGGAGUCUUCUCCGUAUUUCGUCCCAUUCUUCCCGCCCGAAGCAAGUCCGUGAAGUAAUCUUGAAGCUGGUAGACUUUUUUGUCAGAAAUCGGGAUAUAUAGAUACUUUACUAAGAAAAUGAAGAGCCUAGCAUCUUGUGGACUGACUUCCAUGCUGCUGACCGCAUGUGCAGUGUUUCUGAUGGCAACGUGCGUGUAUGGGGAGACUGUUAAAGCGCGCCGCCUAGAGGCUCAAGACUGUUCUGCAGAAGCGGGACGCGUUCGGAACAUGCGCAGAUUGAGGAGGGGUACAGAAACAGAGGUAUCGAGGACACGUUCCCAGAUCAGUCGGCUCAUCAGUCGACUCAAAAUGGCGGAAACCAAGAUGGCGGCGCUGCGACACAGAAUGAGCCGUGCCGAGAAGAGCUACAUCUCCUGCGCUUCUGAGGUAAUGGGGGUCGGCAAGAGACGACAACCCCCUCCGGACAAACCGCUGAACGACGGAAUGUACCACCAAGUUUUUGACGAUGGAGUUGUCAUCCCCUGGUAUCAUCGCUAGAUCAGCCUUUGGUGCUGAUGCGGUAUGUGUACGUUAGAGGUUCUCAAACACGUAUUAAACAUUGUAAUUAUAAGAAGAAUAUCAACACUAUCAUUAGGUAUUAAUAUAAUGGGAAUUACCCUGUUCCGAGCGACGAAUAGAAGCUGUUGUGAGAAGCUUAGUUAAUUAGAAGGAAUCCGCCAUCCGGCUUUCUCGAGAUCUGAUAUGUGUUCACGUGACCUGGGAGUUGAUUGACACUUAGGUCACGUGACACGGUGGUUUUGUAGAUGUGUACUAAUUGGAUGUAUUUAACAGUGACGAGUUAUUAGAAGUAUAAUGAAGGCAGCUCGUAAUGAAACGUUUACGUAUUUGGUUAUUAAUACAAUGUUUAUUGUUAAAAAGAAUACACGCAGGUAAUUUUAAGUGAAAAUAUGAUCAUACAUUAACAGUAUAGAAGCUACUUAAUGUGCUGUAAGAUUCCAUUUUAAUUAUCGGUGACGCCUUUGAGUCGGAGACAUUUUAAUGAUUUUGCGAUUGCAUGCUUGUAGGUAGCGGGAAAUUAAGUGUCUCACGUUUUGCGUAAAGUUAGUCUGUAUUAUAAAUAUAAGUAAGUACAAGUACAUAGAUUACGCUUAAUAUUUUUUUUUCAUUUUAAGGGCGAUUGGUAUACACUCAAAAUAGACACUGAGUAGUAGCUAUAGAUUAUAAUUAGCUUAUAUGAAUAGUAGCAUGAACUAAAAACUAUAUUUCUUGUUCAUAAAGAAAAAAAUAUUGAAACUUAUAGAUGCUUAUUUAAACUUCUAAUAAUUGUAAAUAUAAUAUCACCUAAAACAAAAUAUGGUAGUCAUUUUUUGUCUAAUAUAUCAUAUUCGUAUUCCAGAUCCCUUUGUAUGUUGGUAAAAACGGAGCACUAUGGGUAAAGAAUGGGGUGAGAAAAUAGUUGCCAUGACGACAUACCCCGGACCGUACAGUACCCGUUACCAUAGAAAUAUGUCGCUUGCUGCCUGCUUUACCCAUAAUUCAUUUAUCCGGAAUAUUCUCUGGUAUACCAAAUGGAUCGUUACUUUCUAUCAAAGCUCUAUGAGAUAGGUACGGUAUUACAUGUAGAUUAUAAUAAAGCAAAAAAGUAAAACAAAAGAGAAAAAAA